AUGGCCCCCACAUCAUUGAGGCUGACAGGGUACGUGUGGGCCAUCGAGAUGGGUUUCAUCCAGCAACCAGGCCAAGUACUUGGGGCAGUCUUAGAGGCCCAGUCGCGUAACCUCUACUUCGGUGAUUUUAUGUGCCAAGGUAGCCGGUACGCCAAAAACUUUCACAUGGAGGGCCUACAAGAUGUUGCUGGCACGAGUAUUAAGCCCGUGGGUGAACUAAAGGUACCUUGGGUACCAGAACAUGACAUUCAGAAAGCCGCCAGACACACGAACGAGCUCAAGCGCGAAAUAACGCAGCGACUUCGCGAUAUGCAAUGUCUGGGCUGUCAUUAUGGGUUCCUGAGUACCUACAACCAGACCAUUCUCCUCAAAUCUCUGAGUCCUGGUGGGUCAUGGGAAGUGUGGUAUUCCCGUCCCAUCUUCUUGGCUACGUCUUAUACGCUGAUCAACCCUAUCUAG